AUGGAUUUGGAGAUUAAAGGAGUUGCCGCUUCUCCUAGGAGUCAAACUCAGUCAUUCUCUGGAAGAAGGAAGCCACUACAACAAGGAUGGACUUCCAAAUCAUGGGCCAUACAGAAUCCUUGCCCUCCUGUGGUCCCACGCCUUGAUUUGGGAAGCCUUGUUGACUCUGAUGAUGAGGAUGAUUUUUCAUAUAUUCCAUUUAGAACAGCGCGUAUUCAUUUUGACCCACCAAAUCCAUCUUCUGCUCUUGAUGGGGUCACACCAUGUCAAAUACCAUAUACUCAGCAACAUCUAAAUGAACUGGAGCAGGACAUUAUACCUGAAGAUUUGCCAGCACCAACAAGCAAAUAUAAACUAAAAUAUCAGCAAUACAAAACUGAAAUGAAAGAGGGAUAUAAACAGUAUUGUCAGAGAAAUGCAGAAAAGACAAAAUCAAAUAUCAGAUAUCAACCAUCUCCAAGAAACAAGACAGAUGACAAGAAUGCCCAAGGGGAAGAAGCCGUCACGGAUGACCUUACAACUCUGGAUAGGAAAGCCCUCUUACAGCAGCGUUAUGCAGACAACCCUUACCAUGCACAGCAGAGUACAAGAAAAUCUAAUGCUGAAAUUGUGGCAGCUGAGAAGAAGAAACAGAGUGUUGCAGAGCAAGUGAUGCUGGACAACCUAUGCCGGAUAAGAACACAUUCAACAUUAACCGAAAAUAUGCUUUCUCAUAAAGUGCAAUUUGACUGUAGGAUCAUAUCAAGAAAUGGACGUGAUGCUUGCAGAGAGCUGGUUGGGUUCUUUUUUAUUCAUGAUCAGUCCCUUACAAUUUACGAAUAUCGGCAAUUUGGGAAAAAUAGAACAAAUGUGCUUCCUUUUAUUAAAAAAAGCACUUAUAGUCAUCAGUGUGGGCGAAGAAAAGGCAAACAAUACCAACUUGGCGAUUUUUAUAUUGGUGCAAACUUGACAUUUUUAAGUUCUGAUCAUCUCAGACUUCCAGAAAGCAUAAAAGAAAACACAUUACUUAUCCUUCGAAUCACAAAUAUUGAUCGGGUAUCUUCGGAUGAUCUCAGAACUGAUUCUGUGGAACAGGAGGAUGAUACAACCAGGCAAGAGGCCAAUGAUAGGCUGGUCUUCAAAGCCAUUCAAGAUAAGCUAAAAGAACAGCUACAUAAAAGAGGUGUCCGUAUUUUGACUGCAAUGGGAAAAUACUUUCGACAACUGGACAAGGAAGGAAAUGGACUUUUAGAUAAAGCAGAUUUUAAGCAAGCUCUGAAAGUCUUUCACUUAGAAAUGUCUGAAAAGGAUUUUGAGUCUUCAUGGCUAAUUCUGAAUGACAAUGGCAAUGGCAAGGUUGACUAUGGAGAAUUCAGACGUGCCAUUAUUGGUGAAAUGAAUGAAUACAGAAAAUCAUUUGUUCGAAAGGCUUUUAUGAAACUAGAUUUCAACAAAACUGGCAGUGUGCCUAUCAUAGACAUAAGAAAAUGUUACUGUGCAAAGAAGCACCCUCAAGUAAUUUCAGGCCAUUCCACAGAGGAAGAAAUCAAACUAUCUUUCCUGGAAACAUUAAAAGAAGCCUGCAGCAAGUCUGAUGAAGUCUCAUAUGGUGAAUUUGAAGAUUACUAUGAAGGUCUAAGUAUAGGAGUAGUAGAUGAUGAAGAUUUUGUUACUAUUUUACGUAUUCCAUGGGGGAUUUAG